UUCUGAAAUAGUUUGUCCUUGUUGCUGCUCGUCGGCUUAUUUAUAGCCUUCGCAUCCCCUGCGUUUCUCUGCGCCUCGAAGCAGCGAGCGGGGCUGGGUCAGCUUUAGCUCCGGGCCGAUCCCGCUUGAGCAAAAAAGCUCCGGUUUAUAGAUUUGCGUUGAAAACAGCAAUUAGGCCAUUGUGAGCCUGGAGGGAAGGGGGAGACGAUUUGAUUUCUGUGCUUGACCGGUAAUUUCUGCGGGGCUGAUCCAGAGCGGUUGUGCUGCGGGUGCAGCACAGAAACUUCAAUGGAGACGAGUGGAGCUAAUUUUAACCGGCCGCCUCGCCGAGGUUCGGGAACCUGAUUUUUGCAGAGGCGGCCACAGGGAACCCGGGGCGAGGAAGAGAAAUCGCUGGCGAUGAUGGGCUGUGGGAGGAGGCAGUGAGCCGGGGGGGCUGACCCUGCACCCCACGCUUGGCACGCCUCCCUGUCGCAGCGUGGCCGGGAUGAGGCCGUCGGUCGCACCAUGCCAUCAAGUGUCCCCGGCAGCUCGACCGCCCUGCGGCCCCUCUGCCGUGACGGAGGCUGCGGCCGCCCCGUGCCCGGGGCUCCCCGGGACCCCCCGCCGCUGAACCCCUGCCGCCCCAGCAUGGCCUCGCUCAUCGUGGUGACCGAGUACGACGCGACGGGGAGCGCGAGCGAGGAGGAGGAGAUGAACACGCCCGGCAACGAGGGUUUUGGGGACGGCCGGGAGCCGAGGGCGAAGCUGCACCUCUCUGGCCGAAAGCUCUCGCUGCAGGAGCGGUCGCAGCCUGCCCGCUCGCCUGGGAACGGCGACGACGGCGCCAACGAACGCUUCAUCUACCCGUCCCUUCCUUACUCUCCGGUGACGUCCCCACACUCCUCCCCGCGGCUGCCACGGCGGCCGACGGUGGAGUCGAACCGCGUAUCCAUCACGGGACUGCAGGACUGUGUGCAGCUCAACCAGUACAAGCUGAAGGACGAGAUCGGGAAGGGCUCCUACGGGGUGGUGAAGCUGGCCUACAACGAGGACGAUAACACCUACUAUGCAAUGAAGGUUCUUUCCAAAAAGAAGCUGAUGAGACAGGCGGGAUUCCCCCGCCGCCCGCCGCCCCGCGGGGCCAAGGCUGCCUCCGAGGGCUGCCUGCAGCCCAAAGGGCCCAUCGAGCAGGUCUACCAGGAGAUCGCCAUCCUGAAGAAGCUGGACCACCCCAACGUGGUGAAGCUGGUGGAGGUCCUGGAUGACCCCGGCGAGGACCACCUGUACAUGGUGUUUGAACUGGUGAAGCAAGGCCCCGUGAUGGAAAUCCCAACCCUGAAACCUCUCAGCGAGGACCAGGCUCGGUUCUACUUCCAGGAUCUGAUCAAGGGCAUUGAAUACUUGCACUAUCAAAAGAUAAUCCACCGGGAUAUUAAACCUUCCAACCUCCUCGUGGGGGAAGACGGGCACGUCAAAAUUGCUGACUUUGGAGUGAGCAACGAGUUCAAGGGAGCCGAUGCCCUCUUAACCAACACGGUGGGCACCCCCGCCUUCAUGGCACCAGAGACGCUGUCGGAAACCAGGAAGAUCUUCUCUGGAAAGGCUUUGGACGUCUGGGCCAUGGGGAUCACGCUGUACUGCUUUGUGUUUGGGCAGUGCCCUUUUAUGGAUGAAAGGAUCCUGAGUUUACACAAUAAAAUCAAGACCCAAACGUUGGAGUUCCCAGACCAGCCAGAAGUUACGGACUUCUUGAAGGAUUUGAUUACACGGAUGCUGGAUAAAAAUCCUGAAUCUAGGAUUUCGGUUCCAGAAAUCAAGUUGCACCCCUGGGUCACCAAGAACGGAGCGGAGCUGCUGCCCACGGAGGAUGAGAACUGCACCCUCGUCGAGGUGACGGAGGAGGAGGUGGAGAAUUCGGUCAAGCACAUCCCCAGCCUGGCCACCGUGAUCUUGGUUAAAACGAUGAUCCGGAAGCGAUCCUUUGGGAACCCAUUCGAGGGGAGCAGGAGGGAGGAGCGGUCUUUGUCUGCCCCUGGGAACCUGCUGCCCAGGAAACAAGGCAGCCAAGACAAUCUGAAAUGCAACGACUUGCCCAACGUGGGAGAGGAGGAACUUCUUUCGUGAGCAUCGACUUUAUGGUUCUGUUAACAGCUCGGACCGGGGCACGUCAUUAAAGUGUGCGGCUGAGGAUGAGUGACGUUAACAGAGCCUACACCAAACACAGCAUGACACGGCGCUAUUUCAGUAUAAUGCUGGAUGUAGAGCUUACAUAGCAGCAUGUUACAAGACAUCCGACUCCUUGUCAUAAACAUUGAACAUCUCCGAUCGCUUGGACCGCUGACUUCUUGUGGGAAAGGUGCUGGCUGAUAGCAGAGAGGUGAGCUACCGUGUUGAGCAGCAACAGUGCUUUGCAAAAAAAAAAACCACCAAACCAAAACAAAGCAGUCAAACAAAAAUGCAUUUGGAACUGCUUUUACCUGGUUUUAAUGCCAAAUAAUUUCCGGGGACUAACGCCAGCGUCCCAGGGGUGUUGUAUGCCCGUCGGCGGGCACACGCGGAAGGGUGAAGCUUUUGCCGAGUGGCAAACACAGCAGUAAAAACUACACGUGGGCACUUUGAGACUUCACGACCUACCGGAAAUGUUGUUGCAUCUAUUUCUCGUCGUUUGUUUUUAAUUGACACCUUUUUAACUGCAUGGGAACAAAGCAAAAACCCACCUUUUCAGCUUUUUAAAGAAUGCCUGCCUUUGUGAGCCAAGUUGUAUUAAACAGCAUCUUCGGGGCGUUCAGAACGUGAGCUUAAUUACCUCCUAAGGUAAUUAACGCCUUUCCUAAGGUCUUGGUGUGACUAGGCCUUGGUAAGUUGAGUAUUCAGUGUAUGAAAGGAAAAGGUAUUUUAAGGGCUUAAGUUCAGUCUGAACUAUUUUUGCUGCAGACAUACGAGUGAAAGGUGGUGUUUGGCUGAAUGUUUUGAACAGCAGAGAAGCACUAACAGCAGUUUGUUUCUAAACCUUUUACUUGAGCUAGGUAGAUAUAUUAUAAAAUAUAAAAUUCAGGGUAAAAUCCUUCACUUCCAUGUACAUUACAUGGUUUACUACAAUUAAAAAUAAUACAACUUAUGCUAUUUUUUAAGUAUAGACUUAGGGCUUGCUUAGAAUUUAAGAUCUUAAUGAAACACUUAGAUUAGCUAGUAAUUUUCAAAGAAACUUUUGUUUUCCAAACUCUUAAUCUGGAUUUUGGGGCCAAUGCUAUGUAUUUUUUGCAAGUUCGUUACCAGUAAUUUGUGAAUGCCUGUGGAUCAGAGGCUUGUUAGUAAAUUAAGUGUAUACCUAAGUCAUGGGUUGUUUCUUAUGAAGAGCUCUUUCGCCUUCAGUCAGAUUACUCUGAUUAUUUUGUGGUGCUUGUAAAAAAAUAAUAAUCUAUUGUGUGGUGGGAGAGACUCUGGCGUCCAGACUCACUUUCCCAAGUUCUCUGUGCUCGGACAAAGCCGGAGAAGGGCAGAGUGUGGGUGAGCCGGAGAAGAGUGGGGGUUUGCUUGAGGAAAGGGGUCACGGUAAGUACAGUUGUUUCGUGGACAGAGCAUGGGACGGGCAGGGAAAAGGUCUGACCUCUUCUCAGCUUGGUGCGGUUGUGUGACCUUGAACGAGGCACUUAAAACGAUGGUGUACCUGAAAGAGGGGGACGAUUUGAAUGUCCCAAGCAUGUAAGGGACUGCUAAGGUGUAAUUCUUCGCCCUGAGGAAAAAGGCACUAAGAAACCCAAGUAUUUUUUAGUUACUGGUAAGAUCUCCGCCUGCGAACCCCGGCCAGGGGUGCCCUGCCUUUGGAAGUGACCGUCCCCUUGUCUUCCUUGAUCUUGGGCACCGCGAGCAGCAGCGUGCCGAGGUCCUUGGCCCUGCUGCAGUCAGACCCAGCCCGGUAAUUCCUGGUUAGGAGGGGGCUUCAUUAAAGCCGGUGUAGCGUUAGGAAAUGUGCAGGUGCUUACACAAACUGUCCCUUACAUCUUUUGAGCACUUGAAGCAAUGCUCCCCCUAAACGGCAAUUUCUUACCGAAACAUUGUGCUGCUGGCCUCUCUCCGAAGCCAGUGACGAUGGUUUGUGGUUUAGGAGCAGUACUACGGAGUUUGGAGCCAUAAGACACGCACUGUUUUCCUCCCGUUGUAGUCCGAGGCUAUGCCAAAGACCUGCAGCUUCAGCUAUGGGGAAACCAAACGGGUAACUUAGGUGCCAGCACUACUGCAGCUGCCUGCUCCUCCUUUCCUGAACAGGACUUUUCGUUGCGGAAAUGCAUGCGAGUGGGCAGCUGGGUUCUCUAACCUUGUAAAUGAACUCAUUCUGCCAAAAAAAAAAAAAAAAAAAA